UCGUCUGUCAAUACAACUCCACACUGACAUUUCACAAAAGUUUAUGUCAACCUCACCAAUAAAAUCAAAAAUUAAUAAAAUUAGUAGCUAAAUACUUUUAAACAACUCAUUACCAACCUACCCCCCUCGCGAGUGUAAAUAAAAAUAAUAAUAAUUAGUAACUAUUAAAAUAAAUUUAAAACAAAAACAAUAUAAUUUUUUAUUUUAUUUAAUUUUACCGGUUGUCUAGACAUUCAGCUGCCGAGACGUUUUAUUUAAUACACAGUACAGUCGUUAAAACUACUACAUUCUCUUUAUAUAAAUAUACCUAUAUAUAUAUAUAUUUUAUUUAUCACUCCGUAUUAAAAAAAACCGAUUAACGAAGCAAUGGGUCUAUUGUGAAUUUUAUAUAAUAAUAAUUCAAAUAUAUAUUCUAAAUUUUAAGUUAUUUAUUUGAAGUUAAUUAAUAACUUAUUGGAAUAAUUAAUAAAAAUAAAUAUAAAAUGUCUGGUUUCGAUGAAAAUCCUUUCGGUGAACCUACUAUUAAUGAUCCUUUUGCUGAUCCGGCUGUAAGAAGAGCAGCAAACACUGCGCCAACAUCGCGUGGUAUCGAGGACUAUAAUCCCUUUGCAGACCCAGUUACUGGACAAAAUAAUAAUAAUCAAACACAGCAAGUACGUGGUGCCUCAAACCCCCCGAUUUAUGGCGGUGUCGGUGCGACGCAGCAACCCGCAACUUUGCAACCGAGUCAGGAAAUCCCACCACCAAAUUACACACGUACUCCACAGCAAACUGUGACACCAACACUUGGAACUUUAUCACCUAGUGCUGAACAGAGAGCUGAAGAAGAAUGGAAAGCUAGAAGAGAAGAAGAACUAAGAAAUCCAGCUUAUUAUCGACGAAAUAAUUGGCCACCAUUGCCUGAUAAAUGUUGUUUUCAACCAUGUUUUUAUCAAGAUAUUGAUGUUGAUAUUCAUACAGACUUUCAGAGAGUUGUUAGACAAUUAUAUUAUCUUUGGAUGUUUCAUGGACUUGUAUUAAUAUUAAAUGUAAUUGGUGGUUUCGCAUUAAUGCUUUGUUACAAAGAAUUCCAAACAUUUUGUCUUGGUAUACUUUACCUAAUACUAUUUACACCAUUCUCAUUUGUCUGUUGGUUCAGACCAGCCUACAAAGCAUUCAAGAGUGAUAGUUCCAUUAAUUUUAUGGCAUUUUUUUUCGUAUUUUUCUUUCAACUUGUUGUUACUAGUGUACAAGGUAUUGGAAUCCCUGGAGCCGGCACUUGUGGUUUAAUAAAAGCGAUAUCAUCAUUUGAUGGUACUGGUAAAGGUACAUUUGUUGGUAUACUUAUAUUAAUGAUUGCUGUCGCUUAUGGUAUUGCGGCUGCUGGUGAUCUUUUAAUGUUAACGAAGAUACAUCGUAUUUAUCGUUCGUCUGGUGCAAGCAUGUCUAAAGCACAGCAAGAAUUCACAACAACAUUCUUAAGAAACGAGCAUGUACAAACAGCCGCUGGUAAUGUUGCUGCAAGUGCUGUCCGUGCACAGAUGCAAGCUAAUACAACACAGCCGCGUUAUUGAGAUAAAUAAAAAUAUUAAUUUAAUUUGAACUAAACAUUGCAAACUUUAAUUAAUAUAUAUACAAAUUUAAACUUUAACAUCCUGCCUUUUACAAGCAAAAACAUUUAAAUACUUUAAAUAGUUAUCUUUUUGAAUGUUUAAAUAAAAAUAUAUAUUCUUUUUAA